AUGGGAAUCAAUGCCAUUGUUAUCUUAAGCGUCCUCAGCAUCGCCUUCUCCUUAGAAUGACAGAGAUGCAAAACAGUUUAUUGCGGAGUCAAAAACUCAACAGAUCGCUGUGUAUCGGUCAGUGUUCAAAGGAAAUCUUUCUUUCUUACUUAAUUAUCUGGUGUUUAAGGUGUCUAGUGCCGCAGCCCAAAAGGGCUAUGGCAAAACUGAUGAUGUAGGCGAGCCAUCUUGGCACAGGUCAGCCCCGUCCAAGCCUUCUAUCAACUCCUGCUUCACCGGCCUUGCUGCACGUCUCACCCGGCGCGUUGCCGUCGCCCUUGUCGCUCGACUCAGCUCCUGCGCGUGUUCCGCCUAAGGGUUAUCCUCCCGUGGGGAUGUGCUGAGAGGUAAAAGCCCGAAAUCUUGAGUGGACUGAGGAGUGGUUCCUCUGGUUAUCCCAGAGUUAAACCGCUAUUGCUGUCCAGAAGUCUUCGAGUGAAAACCUAACCCUAUAAAUAAAAUUCCAUGAGGGAGAGAAAAUUAGCAGAGCUAAUUUCUCUCGAACCGAAUGCCAUUUUAUUUUAUGUUCAAAGGAAAUCAGUCGAAAUUAAUGUAUGUGCCGCCGGCUACGAAUGUGCAAGUCUAUCACAAUUUUCCAACACAACAGGGAACUGGGCAAACGUAAGGUGUAAUAGAGCUCUCCUAGGGAAUUCUUCGGAAACUCAUACUCCAAAUCUCACCAUACCCAAUAACUCAGUACCAACAGGCCAAAGAUGUGAAAAUGAUACUCAAUGUAUAAGCAACAACUGUUCACAAAACAUCUGUCAAGGUCUUUCUCAAGGCGCUAACUGUUCAGUCGAUGAUGAAUGUGAGCCAGAUUUCUUCUGUGGAGUCGAAGCUAUUAUUAAUCAAACUAAUACAACCACAACUACCAAUACUUCAAGUUCGAAUUCCUCAAGUGGAAAUGCAUCUAAUGUAACAAGCAGCAAUGGAACUAACGUCACAGUUACAGGAAACAACACGAACGUAACAAUUAAUACUAAUAGUACAGGUACAAACAUUACUAUUAUAAACUCCACAAACGUCACGGUCAAUACCAAUAAUACUUCAUUACCUUCAAAUUCUUCAUUAAGAGGCAGAAGGCUACAAGUAACAACGCCUCCAAAUAUAACAAUAGUAAAUUCCACAAAUGUUACAGUUACAAAUUCAUCGACUAAUUCCUCAAGCAAUACUUCUAGCACCAAUACUUCUACAACUACUACAAGCAAUACUUCUACAACUACUACAAGCAAUACUUCUAGCAGCAAUACAACUAAUGCAACUUCAAAUACAACAAACCAAAGCACACAAAACGUAACGUAUAUCCAAAAAUGUAUGGCAGCUUCACGCGAAAAUGAGUCUUGUAGUAGAGAUCAACAAUGUAUGGCAGGGCUUGGCUGUAAUUUAGGAAACUGCACCAAAUAUUUUUCAUUGCCGCUAGGAGCUAAUGUAUCGAAGGCUGAGUUCUGUUGGUCGAAUUUCAUGAGGAAUGGGACAUGCAGUGGAAUCGAAAUAUAUGUGAAUCGUACAAGGUCUCUUUACCCAUUUUCAUGCAAUAUAAGCAGCAAUUGUUCUUAUCAUCAUUACAAUUCAUCAGAUGUCUUUGCUUCUGAAAGAUGCCAAUGUGAUGGAAUUCAUAACGAAACUGGAUUUUGUCCAAUAAUAGGGUCUGUCAUAGGGUUCUGGGACAUUGUCUAUCCUAAAUUGCAGUAUUCAAGGUCAAACUGUUCUGGACAAGCUGCACACUCAACUAACUUUACCGUAUUGCGCGACUGUGGGUCUAUUUCAGAUGAUGCAUUUAGUUAUUAUGAAGCAAUGGAGCAAGAGGCCAAGUACUGGACUUUAUACCAAUCAGGUGCCAUAAAUGGAUGUUCUAGAGAGCUCGGAUUAUUCGACCCUACCAUGGGAUUAAACUCAUUUAACUCUUCUGGAUAUAUCGUCGCCAUUUCAUUAUUAUUUUUAUUAUUCUUUUAG